AUGGAGGUCAUAUACAUCAACUCCUCUGUGCUCUACGUCGCUCACAGACCCUACAACUCCACUGUUGGUGAGAAGACUGUCUAUGCGCAAUGCAAAGACAUGCCAGCUGUCCUCAUUUGGUACCUAGGCCUUCAGUUUAUCAACAUGUUCCUGGGCAUACCGGCCAACCUCACCGUGCUGUGGCUCAUCCACAAGAACAAAGGUGACUCCUCCACCUCAGAUAUCUUCAUCCUUCACCUGGCGAUUAUAGAUGUGUUCUUCUGCCUCAUCCCUCCUCUUGAAUUGGCCAACAUAGUCUUCCUCACCACCAGCAGCACCUGGUACGUCCUGCGCUUCUUCUACGGCCUAAAAGAUGCAUCACCACUGUUUCUUUCCUGCAUCUGCUUGGACCGGUACGUAGCUGUGGUCCACCCCAUCACCUUCACUGAGCUCAAAGACCGACAUCACAGAGCGGUCCUGGCCAUAGUGGUCUUGAUUAUCAUUUUGGCCUAUGCUGCUGCUAAAUGUGUAGGCAACAUUCCCAACUUUGAGAAGGUCUUCACAGCGAUGAUACUUGGAGCAUUUGCUUUCAUGGUCUUCUGCAACAUUGCCAUUCUGUGGGCACUGCAGCAGUCAGGGCCCGGCAGAGAUGAGAUGCACCCUGUGAAGAAGAGAGCCUGCAAAAUGGUCCUCAUCAUCCUGGCCAUCAUCGUGUUCAACUACUUUCCACCUGUGGCGCUGUUCCCCUUCCAGGAAUAUUUCUCUCCUGACGUGUUUCGAUGCUAUAUUCACUACGUGGCCUUCGGCUUGAUGGAUUUCAGCAGCACCGUUCAACCGAUGCUCUACCUCUCCAAGGAAAAGCUGCCACAGAGCCUCAACUGUUGUCACAGCUGCACCACUCAUUCUGGGCCCGGCACAGAUGAGAUGCACCCUGUGAAGAAGAGAGCCUUCAAAAUGGUCCUCAUCAUCCUGGCCAUUACAGUGUUCCACUACCUUCCACCUGCGGCACUGUUCCACUUAGAGAAAUAUUACUCUCCUGACGUGUUUCAAUGCUAUAUUAACUUCUUGGCUUUCGGCUUGAUGAAUUUCGGCAGUAGCACUCAACCGAUGCUCUACCUCUCCAAGGCAAAGAUGCCACAGAGCCUCAACUGCUGUCACAGCUGCACCACUCAUUUACAAUAG